UUGGUAGCAGACGCACACCGCUCUGUUUCGGGAUGGCAGCGCCGGCAGCCGGGAGCCAACGGGCCAAAGAGCCUCGGGACGAGGUCUCCCUGAACGCAAUCCACCGGGAGACCAUCCGUAAGGAGAACCGCUGCCAGAAAUUAGUCACCGAGUUCGGCAUCAACCCGUUCCACAAGGUCCAUGCUGUUACCGGGAAGCCAAUGUCAUGGCACGAGAACCAAGAGGAAUCGGCAGAUGACAACUUCAUAAACAUUAUACAUCACGCUGCAUUAGAGCCCACCAAAAAAUACACUGAGCCGCAAACUACAAGCCAGGAAAUCGGCUGGAUCACCAAACCGUUGAUCGAUAAUAAUCGAGCAGACAGACGUCUCAACCACUAUCGCCAGAACUCGGAAAUUACCAGAUACAUGGAAGCGGCGUGGCGUCUGAAAGAGCAGAGCGUGAAUCUGCAGUAGGUUACCAGCAAGUAUACAUUAUUACUUCAUCAAAUGUCAGGAAGGGGGCCAAUGAUGGACUCUUAAAGCAUAAUACCCUGCAGGAACAUUCCUGAAACCUUUUAAAUGAUCUUAUCAAGUCAGUUUUAGAAAGAAAAACAUAAGAGUCUUCAUAUCUGUGUUGUAUUAAGUGUUGUGAUGACCACUGUUUAACCCUCCCAGCGAGUCACUCAAUUAUGAAAUGUCUUGUAACAAUCUUUGUGCUUGUAACAAACAUUAGAUAAUUCAUUAAAGUGAAGACUUUCUCCGACAGAAAUUCACGUAAUCCAUGGUUUUCUAUGAGCUGCUCAAUUGGGAAUUUUGUGCAAUUU